AUGUCGUCAAUUCAAGAACAAAUGUCCACUGGGUUCGGGCAAAUAACGAGAAUGCUAGAGCGUUCUCUGAACUCACAAGAACGUUCACGACAAAAUCGACAAAUAGAAUAUAUUCAGGUUGAUGAUGACGAUGACGAAGAUGAACUUGAUAAACAAGACAAUGAGGAAUAUAUCCCUGAAAAAGAUCUACAUUCGUUGCAAGAGACAUUACAAAAACAAUAUAAUAAAAAGCAUCGAAAAGAAAUAAAAAACGAAAUUAAAAUUCUAAUUUGUAGCGCAAAAAUUGAUGAAAUUCCCAUCAAUUAUACAAAGAAGUUUGGCGAGAUUGCACCACAAUUGGAAAAGGAUCUGAUUCCCCGUAUCCAAUCACUUCUUGAACAACGUGGUAUUCAUGCAACAUUAAGUAUAGUUUGGGAUGUGUUCUCAGAUUUGCAUAAAAAUGGCCAACGUAAAUGGAAAGAAAGCCAGCUUAACGAGGCAGAAAUAAAACAAAAAAAAAUAAUGAGCCAUAUAAUCAACCGUUUAUCAGAAAACCACAAAAACCUUUUUGUUUACAAAUUAUCAUGGAGAUCUGAUGAAUUAACGAACCUUCUACAUUCAAUUGACGAGUACGUAGAAAAAUAUUUUCCAGAAAAUAAGAGAGUACGUCUUCGUAUCCUUAAAGAUGAAUUUUGGAAAAAUAAGAAAGCACCACCAAAUUUAAUUUGGUGGACACUUAAAGACGAAAAGCGAGAAUCUCCCUCAGUCCAUAAAUCUAUUGAUGAAGAAUCAGAUGAUGAGUCGGAAUCAGAGAGCGAAGAGGAGGAACAAAGUCAACAAAGUAAACAAAGUUAUGGUCUCAAUGUCGAUAAAUUAGAUAUAAAUGCUGAAUCUGAUGAAGAAGAAGAGGGUGAGGAUGAGAUAAACGAGCUGGAGCAAGAGGAAACGCCAUUAUCACAGACAUCGGGACGACGAUCAAACAAAUGAUCUAAACAAUCCUCUAAAACCCCACCAUUACCACUGCAAAAACCCCCAUCAUCACGGAAAACUUCUCAACAA